AUGGGUGUCUCCCAUUACACGAAGGUCAUCGAAAAUUCGAACGGUGAUGUCGUUUUCGAUCAAUGGUUUGAGUGGCCAGUCGGAAGUCCCGUGCAGAGUCAUGAAGUGCUGGAAAUUGUCCUUCUUAAUUAUAACAAGUACUUUACUAAUAAAAUUGUGGGCAGUUAUGGCUUAGUUCUACAAAAGCUAAUAGAAGAUGGACAUCUUCGAGUGGCGGAUUCCUUGGUGGAUAUCAACAACAUGCCCACUGAAAUUGUAUUGCUCUUUGACGUUCGUUACAACGCUCCCGAUGGCUCAGUGGGUGAAUGGAGCUCCUCUGCUAUGCAGGGGGAGAGCUUUGAAGACGAUAGGCAAGCCCUAAUCGUGAUUGAACGCAACAUCGUGAAUCUAGAACGGUCCAUUAGCAACAGGCAGCAACAACAGCAGCAAGGUGUCCCUGAAGUUGAUUACCAUUUGCCUACCCGCACAUCCGGCUCUGCCCUCAGCCUCAUAUCUCCGAGAUCGCCAGAAAGGAAGAGGUAGGUCUACAGUUGCUCAAAUUCUCCAGUUUCUGCCAAUCUCUUAUGAAUCUCUUUGCCAUUUCUGAACGAAAUCAGAUUACCUUUCUAUUCAACGCACUCGAAGACCGGCAAGGCAGCAUAUAGGAAGCCUAGAAUGUUUUUUGUGAUGUCUAUGAGAAGGUAAUACAUGCAUUUGAAAAUGGGCCCAAGAGAUUAAGGCAAUGUAUUAAAAGUACAUAAAUCCAUGUAUAAAGUACCAGUAGCAAUUUGACACUAAAAUAAAAGAAUACCUCUUUCUGGUAAUAGUUUGGGAAGUAUGGACUUUCUCAGCGAAAUCCCGUGCCAGUCGAAAGGGUAAAGGAAUUAAAUAAUUCUGGAAAUUUAUGACAUUAAUCAUUCUUUUUCUCUAUAUGUGCGAAAGUAUAGGAAAAAGUGCUAACACAACUUGUCUUUUAGUUUCUCUUCUUUGUGUUAUGAAAUAUUAAAAAGAAUUAUGUUUGACACAUCCAAAUGCUGUUUAAACCAAUGUUAACCAUUUUAGA